UGAGGUUUCCAAACUUGGCGCCAUUUGGUUACACAUCUCCAAAGCACCUUGCAGAAGAACAAAUCUCAGAUUCAAUAAAUGACAACUACAGUUCCAUCUCACUCUUCUAGGGUUUCAUUUCUUUAUAAUUCAUUUAUUCAUGGAUCCGUUAAUUUCUCCUCUAGUUGUUUAUUGAACUCGAAUUUGAAAUUUAAAGAACAAAGAAGUUCCCGGAUUUGUAAAGCGUCUUUGAUUACUAAUCCAGAAGAUUUUGAAGUUGGACGCUCCGUCGGAAGUUACGGAUUCAUGAAUAUCACUAGUUACUCGAAAUAUAAUGCUGGGGCCGAAGAUGUUCAGUAUUCAUCCAGUGACGCGGAUAGAUUAAGAGUUCAAGAUGUGGGAGAAGGUCAAGUGAAGAUCAGGCUUUAUGAGGGGAGAAUAACUCAGGGUCCAUCAAAAGGAACACGUGUUAUUUUUAAGGUAUAUCCUGGGCAACGUGCUGGUGGUACUGAGGCAGAUAUGAUGGCGGCAAAUGAGCUAAAUGCUCAUUUAUUUCUACAAAGUGAUCCCAAGGAUAUCUGUAAGAACAUUCAGAUACUUUUAGGGGGGUUCGAGACACAAACAGGGGAACAGUGGCUUGCUUUCCGUAAUGAUGGCAAAUAUAGCGCAGCAGACUAUGCCAAAGUUGCAAGUGACAAAAUAUCAAAGGAUAGUCUUUUAGGAGAACAGAAUAUCUGGAAUCCUUUCGAACAAGAACUAAAAAUAAAACGUCGAAGGUAUUUUGUUCUUCGACUUCUUCAAGGUGUUAUGAAGGGUCUAUCCUGCAUGCAUGAUCAUGAAAGACUACACCAGAGUCUUGGACCUGCUUCUAUUGUUCUGAACACGAUUGUGGAGAAAGAUGCAGCUUAUCUAGUGCCGCGGCUUCGCGAUUUAGCAUUUUCAGUUGAUUUAAGGAAUUCAACCCUAGAAGAAAGUUCUGGAGAACUUUCAGAUGGGCUUUGGAGACGUGCAUCAUCAGCUUCUGCUUUCAGUCCUAAGGAGAAAAGAGCAUUUGGAAUAGCAGAUGACAUCUAUGGAGCGGGUCUUCUUUUUGCGUACUUGGCUUUUUUUCCAUUCUGCGAAACAGGCAUCAUGGAUGCCCAUUCCUUGCAAAGGCUUCUUGAAAACACCUUUCAGCUUGAUCUAGUAGCUGCUAGAGAGUACUGUCUUGCAGAUGACCGCCUGUUAGAAGCUGUGAAGUUUCUUGAUCUUGAUGGCGGUUCUGGUUGGCAAUUACUUCAGGCAAUGCUGAAUCCAGACUUUCGUAAGCGACCAGUUGCAGAAGCUGUAUUGAACCAUCAAUUCAUGAAUGCUGCUGUUUUAUAAAUUACCAAGGCUAAAUCGGAAGGUUUCAGUUCUUUUUCAUUUCCCAACAUUAUCAAGCUGUUUUUCCUAUGUGCCUUUCUUGUUUUGCUGCUUGUGACAAGUCACUUGAGAGUGAAGGUUUUGCCCCCCUUUGUACACCUCACUCACGUAGACCAUGUAUUCUGAAGUCAAUCGAAAUUGGUUAUUGUAUAACAUUUUGAUACUAGAAAUGUACAAUUCAUACACAAGAAAAAGAAGAAAGAUGUUGAGAUU